UCCGUGCCGAGCCGAAGAUCGCUGAGUGGGACGGAGCGGCGGCAUUUGUCGCGGGCACCUUGGCAGGGAACGCAGCGCGCGGCGGCGGCGGCAGCAACAGCAGCGCGAGGUGGCGAAGGAGCUGAGUUCGGCCCGGGCGCGCCCCGCUCCCCCUGAAUGACGGGCGGCAGGUUCGACUUCGACGAUGGCGGCACCUAUUGCGGCGGCUGGGAGGACGGCAAAGCCCACGGGCACGGCAUUUGCACCGGGCCCAAGGGGCAGGGCGAGUACGCGGGUUCGUGGGCGCACGGCUUCGAGGUGGUGGGCACUUACACCUGGCCCAGCGGCAACACCUACCAUGGGUAUUGGGCGCAGGGCAAGCGCCACGGGCUGGGCGUGGAGACGAAGGGCAAAUGGAUGUACCGGGGCGAGUGGUCGCAUGGCUUCAAGGGCCGCUACGGCGUGCGCCAGAGCCUCACCAGCCCAGCCCGCUACGAGGGCACCUGGAGCAACGGGCUGCAGGACGGUUACGGCGUCGAGACCUACGGGGACGGAGGUGAGUGGGUGAGCUGAGGAACGGCCGCUAGGGGGCGCCCGGGGCCGGCGCACAUUGGGGCAUGCAAA